UGGUAUAGUUUGGACGAAGAGCUCAAUACGAAUAUCUCUAAACAACAGUCAAAGGCAGUGAAGACCAGAGUUUAUAACUUAAGUAAAGUGAAGAAAAACAAGAAGUGGUUGAAAAACAUUUUGCUCGACAAAAGCGAUUCCUCUGGAAGCGAUGCCGACGAUCACAAUAGCAAAGACAUGGAUGACAUGGAGUCGGAGCGCAAGUCCGACGAAUGCAUACGAGAGAUGCUUCGCUACCAUAGGCUCCAGAAGAAGGCGCGCAAAGAAUUUGAAUCGGAUCCGGCGCUCAGACAGUACCAGAAUUACAGCACGAGUUUGAUAUCGACGCCGAGUCUUCAACAGAGCGCCGUCGCCGCCGUCAACAAGACUUCGGUCAAAAAGGCCACCAAAUCGGCCAUCAAAGCGAAAAAGCCGAAAGCGGUUCCGACACCAACACCACCGCCAGCAGUGGUUCCCAUCGAACCGCCGGUGAUUAACGUGAUUGAAGUGACACCACCUGUUGAUACGCCAACUAUUACCACACCAACCAUUACCACCGCAAUCGCCGCACCUUUCAGUGCUACUAUCGCUCCCGCAAUCACCACAACCGUCGCCCCCAUUGCCACCAAUACUACACCCGAACUGUUGGCCGCAAUCGAAAAGCCAAUAACAAUCAAAGCGGAGAAGAUCUUAGACGACAUCCCAUACGACACGCAACUGCCCAAAGAUAUCCUACAGACAGAGAGCACGAGUACUUUGCCUUACGUUGAGCCGCCGUCUAUCGUCAUCGCCGGUGGCGUCAGUGGCGGUGCGUCCAGUAGUUUCGCAAAGUCUUCGCCGCCGGUGACCAGUGUAUUGCCCGACGAUAUAUUCGAUACGGAAGAGUCGUGCGGUUCAGUUCUGUCGCAGACACUGUCACAGCCGACGCCCACGCGUCCGGAUCUUAAAUUUACGGGCAUAAAGUCGGCCACCGCUCCGACCACUCCCACGUCGUUGAGUCCGUCGUCGUCGCCGAUAAUACCGGCGGUGAAGGCGUCGGUGAAACGCGCGGCUAAGAAGAGACAGCAGGCGUCGAGCGCCAGCGCGGCGGCCAAUCACGAAGAGUUGCUAACACAGCGCCGCCGGCGGCUAUGGAUAGCGAUCGCCCGCAAAGAGAUCCCGAGGGCUCACAAACAGAAACAAACGGUACGCAAAGAGGCGCUGAAUAGCGCCAAAAAGAUGGCCAAUUGGUGUCAACGGGAGAAACGAAAGCUAACGCUAACGCAUCAAAAGCAGUUCUGUCGCGACCAGUACUCCAGAGCCAAACGGCUCACCAAAGAGAUGCUCUUGUAUUGGAAGCGCUUCGACAAAGUGGAGAAAGACUAUCGAAAACGGGCCGAACGCGAGGCUCAGGAACAGAUGAAGAUCGACAUCGAGCUCCUGGAGGCCAAACGACAGCAACGGAAGCUAAACUUCUUGAUCACCCAAACGGAACUCUACGCCCAUUUCAUGAGCCGAAAGCAGUCCAAUCCGGACGACGAGACCACUAUUCUUAAGCAACUGGAAGAGGAGCAGCCGAUUGUGUUGUCCAGCGGUGCCGUCGAAGACGAUUUUGACGCCGACGCCCAGAAACUGGAGGCCAUUCGCAACGCCGAGACAGCGCUGGCCUCCUAUCGCAAGGAGAAGAGCGCGUUCGACACUGACCUCAAAGCCGACAAACGGAUCAUCGAUUUGUCCGACGCCUCCGUUGUGGCCGCCGAAGAGGAGGAGGAACUGUCCGAACCCCAGAUCUUUGACGGCGCGCUCAAAGCGUAUCAAAUAAAAGGCAUGAAUUGGUUAUACAAUCUCUACAAUCGGGGUAUUAACGGUAUUUUGGCCGACGAAAUGGGUUUGGGAAAGACUGUGCAGACCAUCGCCUUCAUGGCCACACUGGCCGAGCGGCUCAACAUUUGGGGCCCAUUCCUGAUCAUAGCGCCCGCCUCUACGCUCCACAACUGGCAACAAGAGGUGACCCGAUUUGCGCCCAAAUUCAAAGUACUUCCUUAUUGGGGGAAUCCUAACGACCGGAAAGUGUUGCGCAAAGUGUGGCACCAGAAGUAUCUGCACAGAGAGGAGUCGCCUACUUCCAGCUACGACGAGACCACUAUUCUUAAGCAACUGGAAGAGGAGCAGCCGAUUGUGUUGUCCAGCGGUGCCGUCGAAGACGAUUUUGACGCCGACGCCCAGAAACUGGAGGCCAUUCGCAACGCCGAGACAGCACUGGCCUCCUAUCGCAAGGAGAAGAGCGCGUUCGACACAGACCUCAAAGCUGACAAACGGAUCAUCGAUUUGUCCGACGCCUCCGUUGUGGCCGCCGAAGAAGAGGAGGAACUGUCCGAACCCCAGCUCUUUGACGGCGCUCUCAAAGCGUAUCAAAUAAAAGGCAUGAAUUGGUUAUACCAUCUCUACAAUCGGGGUAUUAACGGUAUUUUGGCCGACGAAAUGGGUUUGGGAAAGACUGUGCAGACCAUCGCAUUCAUGGCCACACUGGCCGAGCGGCUCAACAUUUGGGGCCCAUUCCUGAUCAUAGCGCCCGCCUCUACGCUCCACAACUGGCAACAAGAGGUGACCCGAUUUGCGCCCAAAUUCAAAGUUCUUCCCUAUUGGGGUAAUCCUAACGACCGGAAAGUGUUGCGCAAAGUGUGGCACCAGAAGUAUCUGCACAGAGAGGAGUCGCCGUUUCACGUGUUGGUCACCAGUUAUCAGUUGAUCGUUCAGGACGUGAAGUACUUCCAGCGAAUCAAAUGGCUGUAUAUGGUGUUAGACGAGGCGCANAAUCCUAACGACCGGAAAGUGUUGCGCAAAGUGUGGCACCAGAAGUAUCUGCACAGAGAGGAGUCGCCGUUUCACGUGUUGGUCACCAGUUAUCAGUUGAUCGUUCAGGACGUGAAGUACUUCCAGCGAAUCAAAUGGCUGUAUAUGGUGUUAGACGAGGCGCAGGCCAUCAAGAGUUCGUCGAGCGCCCGCUGGAAGACACUGUUGUCGUUCCAGUGCCGCAAUCGACUCCUACUGACCGGCACUCCCAUCCAGAACACGAUGGCCGAGCUCUGGGCGCUUCUCCACUUCAUAAUGCCGUCGAUGUUUGAUUCGCACGAAGAGUUCAAUGAGUGGUUCUCGAAGGACAUCGAGAGUCACGCCGUGGAUAAGACAGCGAUGGACGAGAAGCACUUGUCGCGGCUGCACAUGAUUUUGAAGCCAUUUAUGUUGCGGCGAAUCAAAAAGGAUGUCGAGAAUGAAUUGUCGGAUAAAAUUGAGAUCAAACUCUAUUGCGGACUAACCACUCGUCAGCGGCAGCUCUACAGCGCCAUCAAGAAUAAGAUAUCGAUUGACGACUUGAUGGCCACCACCGCAGCGACGGGCGGCGGUUCCAGCGGCCAGUCGUCGGCCACAUCUAGUCUCAUGAAUUUGGUGAUGCAGUUCCGCAAAGUGUGUAAUCAUCCCAAUCUGUUUGAGCGCCGGGACGUACGCUCGCCCUUUCACAUGCGUCCGGACGAGUACGUACUGCCCCGCACUCUCUUCGAGUCCGGCCUCUGCCACGACUUCUUUGAAUACGAUUCGGCCAAAUGUCAACUGAUCCGCAAAAUGCUUAACAUUUUUAGCGCCGAUUAUAUUCACCACUCGCUGUCUGAUCCCACGGACACCGACGACAAUCCAUUCAAGUGUUUCUCAUUUAUGCCUUUAAUGGGUUUGACUGUCAGUGAAUUGAAUGAAAUAUUUUUCGCUAAUUUAUUGGUUUUCUGGAAAUCAAUUUUACGCGAAAUGAACGCCAAAUCAGAGAUCUGUUACAGAGAGUUGUGGUCUGAGGGCAAUACCUAUGACCGCACUCUACGAAAGCCUCUAUUGAUACCAUUGAAGACCACUUUACUGUCAAAUAAUCGGCGGAAUUGUCAGAAUUCGGAUCAGUUGUGGAGUCAUCUGCUGUUCACGCGGUCCCGAAGCGGUCACUGUAGUCACGUGUACGGCUUCGAGAGGCACACCUAUCACUACAAGUCGGAGUCCGCAGAGCACCGGGAGUUGAGGCUCAGAAAGUUCAAUGAAAGCGCCCCCAAAUCGUCGAAAGACGAGUCGACUAACGCCUGUGAUAUUGACGUUCAAAACGCACAAACCGUCGGCCGCUUCCGCGAGAUUGUCCAUAAGGCCCGUCCGCCCCGUGUGUACGACUGCGAGCCCACUCUUAUACCGACUUUCCUAUCGAUUCUCAUUAGCAAAACAAAUGGCCUGAGAGUUAGCGCCGAACCGAUGCCUAUGUUUUGCCGCAACGGACGGGCGAUGAGCCGCUAUUGGCAGCAACGACUCGGCGGUGAUCUCGCCGUUAAACAGUUGAUCACUAACGGCGAUGUCGACGAUCUGGACUCGCAUUCUCAUCAAAUACUGUGGCGCCAAAAGGCGGAGUUUUUCCCGACGCCUCUCAAAGGCAUU